AGUGUAGUUGGAAAGGAUAUGAAUUUCCCAAUGUACUAAAAUCCGGAAAGGUGGGUGGAUCCUUCAUCCAUAAAUCCAUAUUGGAUUUUAGUAUAGCCAUUCAAAUCGGGUCUCGGUUCGAAUGGAUGAUCUAAAAAAUAUUAAAUAUAGUAAAUAAAAAAAUAAGAGUUUAUUGGGUAGAGCUUAAGGGAUCUAAAAAAAUCAGACAAAACUUAAAAAUAAUAUAAAAAUAAAACAAAAUUGGUGGGUGGCUGAUUCCCAUACAAAUCAACGAUCCUAAUUAAAAAUCACCGGAUUGUUACACUCCUAAUUCCGUAUGAAGUGGGGUGGAGGGGAAAAAAUCGCAGAGAGUGAAGUCCUCCCCUCUCCUGUUUCCUGACAAAACAAAAGAAACAAGCAGCAGCAAAGGAAUUGGAGAGGAGGAAUGAUUUUCGUUGGUGGGCUUGCUUUCUCUUCCUCUUCUGAGGGAUAUGAAGACUUGCUGAUUUUAUUGGAACACCCUACUUUGGUGUCUGCAACAAAUUGUUUCAAAUCAAUUCCAGAAAGGAAAAUCUCAUUUUGUGCUUCCACUUCCGAACGCCAUUCAUCUCUUAGACAUGUGUAUGUAUUCCAAAGAGAAUAUGCAACUGUUAAUCCUUCACUUGUUGAGUUAGUUGGCACGGAUGAAGCAACCACAUGUGUGGGCCUUGUAGUUCGAAACCGGAAGUCUGGUUUUACCUCAGUCGGUCAUCUCGAUUCUCCGGGGCUUGUUGAUUCAGGCCUGAGCCAGAUGUUGUCAUCUGUCACACAUGAAGAUGUCAAAGCUGAAUUAGAUGUGCAUCUUAUUGGUGGAUAUGAAGAUGCACCAUAUGAGCAUUCUGGAACAAACUCAGAAAGAUCUGAUGGAUAUUCUUGGGGUUUGUGUCCCAAAAUAAUCGAAGCCCUACAGGAUAGUGCAACCAUUUUUCAUCUCCAAACUUUAUGCCUCCUCAGACAUAAUACACAAUAUUCAGAUGGAGUUGCCCUUCCCAUUAUUCGCGGGUUUGUGGUUGAACCAGCGACUGGCACUAUGGCACCUGCUAUCUUUGAUUCAAGUUCUAGGUGCCCUGAUGAAGUUCUUAGGAGAGUUAGAAUUACUGUUUCCUCUGAAGACGUGUAUUGGACAGGAAAAUUGUUGGAGACAUAUGACACUGACCAUGACAGAUUUCAAAUUGCCCCUGUCUCAUGGCAUCAAGAAUGGAAGUUUACUGCUUCUCUGCUUCUUCAACAUUCUGAUUCCCAAAUGCUAAUUCGAUGUUCAACUUCCCCAUAUGCAGAGGCUCCUGACUUUGUCAAGUCUAUGAGAAUGACAUUUAGUUAUCUAGUUAGAUAUCCAGACUGGCAGACAUCAUUCCCAAACAGACAACCUCGUGUUUUUAAGAGAAUCGACAAUGGAGGAUGGGAGCAAUGCCAAUAGGUCAUGUUGUUUACUAAGCCCCUGUAUGAAUCCAAGCAGAAGAGCCAUAUAAAGCGAGCUUGUAUGCCCAUGCUGUUUGAUGAUAUUGGUGCUUUGAUCCUCUCUGCCUAUAUACAUAAAUGUCAGUCAAUUUUUGUGCGAAAUGAGGUAAUUCUUCACAAUAGAUGCAUUUUGGAAAACACAUGUGUCCAUAACUGGUAAGAACGCCUUAUUUGAUAGGCUUUUUGGCGCAUCUAGAGAGGGCCUAAAUAUCUUAUUUAAGGCCAUUGUUAGAUUAUUCUUGUGUGACUGUUUUUUUUUUUUGUGUGUGUGUAUGAUGCAGGAUAUGA